AUGGAUACGGGAUCUACUGCGGUGAACAAAAUCCUCGACAAGAACGAAAUGUCAGGACCAUUCCAAAGUCGACAAGGGAAGAGCCUGAAAUGGAGUAACGUUAACAUGACGUUGGUGGCGAAAGGCAAGAGCCCGGAAAAGAAAAUUUUACAAAAUGUUUGGGGCGAAGCUGGCAACGAAACGACAGCAAUUAUGGGACCCUCUGGGUCAGGGAAAACUUCCCUAUUGAACGUCCUGUCGGGGAGGGCCCGAAACCUUGGGCGGUUGAAAGUCACUGCUGAUGUUAAGCUGGACGGCAAGUCCGUCAACCCGACUGAUGUGUCAGUUCGUCAGCACAUUGCCUUUGUAGAGCAAGACGACACCCUUUGCAUUUCAGCCACGCCUAGGGAAGCCAUUUUCUUUUCUGCCAAGUUACGCUUGCCCAAAAGCUACAUGGACGAACAAUUGCAUACAUUGACGGACCGUAUGCUAACGGAGCUUGGUCUCCAAGGUUGUGCCGAUACGAUCAUCGGAGGAACGCUGGCGAAGGGUAUAUCCGGGGGCGAGCGUAAGCGCACCAGCGUCGGAGUCGAGCUUGUGACGCAACCAUCUAUCGUAUUCCUAGACGAGCCAACAUCUGGACUUGAUAGCUUUUCUGCAUUACAGCUUGUUCAGGUUUUGGACAAGGUGGCUAGAGCAGGAGCCAGCGUUCUCUUUACUAUCCAUCAGCCUCAGUCAGACAUCUUCGACAUGUUUGAUCGCAUGAUUCUCAUGAAUAAGGGGCAAGUCAUGUACCAGGGUGAUGUUGAAAACAUGACGGACUACUUUGAGUCUCGUGGACACCCUCUUCCACCAAAGUACAACCCUGCGGACUACGUGAUGAUUGUGGCCCAAACCAUUCCAGAAAAAGAACUCAAAGAGGCAGGCUUCUUCUCCGAAAGAAAAGAGGCUGAUUCUAGUUCUGAACGAUCCGUUUUGGAAUACGAUACAAAAAAUGAACACAAUAGACAUGUGGGGGCCUGGAUACAGGUGAAAUACUUGGUGCAACGUGAUUUUCAGAGCCUUGUGAGAGUUAAAACGAUUUUGGGGGCGCGCCUCGCCCUGACCGGAUUCAUGACCGUGUUAACUGGAUUUAUCUUUUGGCAAGUAGGCGACGGAAACCUUGAGGAUCUGGUGGAGGUGCAAAGCAUUUUUGGUGGUCUUGUCACGGCUUGUAUGCUUGCCAUGUUUGGUUCGGCCAUGCCAACUCUGAUUGUCUUUCCAGAGGAACGUCCUGUCUUCUUGAGAGAGUACGCCACAAAUCACUAUUCCGUUGUUUCGUACUUCUUAUCAAGGCUUCUGCUGGAAGCAAUUUUGACAGCGAUUCAAAUGGUAGUAUUGGCAAUCUUGAGUUACUUUAUGAUGGCGCUCAGCCUCGACUUUGGUUUGUAUUUCAUCACUCUAUACACUUUGGCAAUGUCCAGUACCGCAUUGGCCAUGGUUAUUGGUUCGACUGUGGAGGAUCCUAAGAUUGCUGUCGAGUUCUUACCCAUAACUCUGGUUCCACAGAUUAUGUUUGCCGGUUUCUUUAUUGCUCCAGAUCUCAUUCCUGUUUGGCUACGCUGGCUCCAAUACAUUAUGCCACUGAGCUACGCCGUGAAUUUGGUCAUGGACUAUGAGUUCAAUCAAGACUGCGGCUCCGAACAAGCAAAUACCAACUGCCAAAACAUUUUAGAUAUUGCUGGCUCAGACUCGGAUGACAUAUGGUGGUAUUGGUUGGCACUUGUGGCUAUAUUUGUUGUACUUCGGUCUGUGGCACUUGUAUGCUUGAAGCGCAAGGCAGAAAAGUAG